AUGAUCGCCGGAGCCAGUCGCCACCGACCAUUACGGCCACUGAUCGUCGGCCUCGGUCUGUGUCUCGUUCUCUUCUGCUUGUACUUUGUCAUACGCGAGCCUCACGACGCCGUGACCUGGGAACAGAAGUCGCAGCAAGACCAGAAUCGCCAGAACAAAGACCGUCACAAGCAGACGCCGCACCGCCCGUCGUCGGCCACCCUUCAGUCGCUGUCGCUCACCGAGAAGCAAUGCCAGGCCGAGUUUCCUGGCCUGACUCGGUCCAUUGACGAGAUUGUCGCCGAAGGGCCUUUCCGACUGAAAAAUACGGGCGAUAUGGGUGCCCUGCAAGGACGGAUCAAGAACGGCAAGAUCUUCAUCAUCAACGCGCAACAGCGAUCCGACUUGUCAGAGCAGAUGGUCAACUCCCGCACCGCAGCCAUCCACCAGCUGCACCGCGCCCUCAUCACGGCUCCCGCGUCCGAGCCCCUGCCCGACACGUACUUUUCCAUCAACUUCCAGGAUCAGCCCUUUGGCACCUCGUGGGGCUACAGCCGCGCCAUCAACCCGGCCUUCCGCAGCAAAGACCGCGACGAGCGCAAUUUCCUAAUGCCGCAUUUCUCCUUCUGGGCCUGGAAGCUGCCGUUUAUCGGUUCCAUCGGCCGCGCUGCCGCCGCCAUCGAUCGUCUUGAGCAUGAGUUGUACCCCGUGUUCUACCACAAGAUCCCGCGGGCCGUGUGGCGCGGGACGACAUGGUUCAACUCAGUCCACAGCCCGCGGCUGCGCCAGAACCUGGUGGCCGUGGCCAAGGGCCAGAGUUGGGCGGAUGUGGAGGCGCUCGAUUGGGUCGGUGGUGGUGGCACUGGCGGGCGAGUGCAGAGCAGCGCACAGAAUGCCACCAACGCGCUGGCCAUUGAAGACUUUUGUCGGUACCGCUACGUGCUGCAUACUGAGGGCGUUGCGUACAGCGGGCGGUUCCAGUUUCUGCAAAUGUGCAACAGCGUAACAAUCACGCCGCCGAUUGUGUGGAUGCAGCACACGACGCACCUUGUCAAGCCCGUCUUCAGCAGCCAUCUUCUGGGGGCGGCCACGACAAAGCCAAACAGUGCCAAAGAAAAGGAAUCGCCGAGAAAAGAGGCUCAUAAAUUCGCCCACGACGUCAAGAGCGUUGGAAAGAAAAUUAGCCGCAGAAGCUUGUCUGUGUCCAACACGGCAAAAACGUCGUCUGGACACAAGAGCUGGCCCGUGUCGUAUCCGGCAGGCGAGGCCAAUAUUGUCUUCGUGGCACCCGACUGGUCAGACCUCAAAGACACGGUCGCUUGGCUGGAGGCGCACCCAGAAGUUGCGGCAGGCAUCGCUCGCAACCAGCGAGACCUGUUUGUCGGCGGCGGUUACUUCAGUCCGGCUGCGGAGACAUGCUACUGGCGGGCACUGGUUCGUGGCUGGGCCACAGUCGCCAAAAUCGACCGAAAGGAAUGGAUAGGGCACGAAGAGGUGUCGUAUGAAUCCUUUACCCUCGACAACGGGAACUGA